CUCUAUAGUUUAUAUCUAUCUAUCUUUACUGUCUUGUCUUUAGUACUUUAGUGAGUUUAGUCACCCAAUUACACAGUUCACACCCAACUAACGUCAAAUUAAUUUAUUAUUUUGGCUAACUACUAAGUGUAAUAUUUAAGUAUCAAGUAUCAAGUGUUAUCACUUCUUGUAUUAUUAAUCGACUUUAUUAAUCGUAAUUCGUAAAUCUGUCCUUAAUUUAGAUAUAAACAGAAAAUUACAUGUUAUUUAUUAUUUAUUAGUAUUUUAUUAUUUAUUUCCGGAUUGCGCAAUAUCAUUAUAUUAUUUUUUAUAAACAUUCAACAACAGUUGUUGUUUUGUUCACGGUUAAUAUUAGUAAUAUCUUGUGUCUGGCGAAUACGUACUAAACAAAUUGGUUGUUUUUGGAGUUAUUAAGGUUAUACAUAUAAGCAGAUAAAACAGUUUUAAUGGAUCCAUCAGUUCUAACGACAUUAAAAAUUUUAUUAAUUGGUCAAAGCGGAGUUGGAAAAUCAUGUUUGUUAUGCAGAUUUACAGAUGAUACAUUUAAUGUGGACAAUGCAGUCACUAUUGGUGUAGAUUUUAAAAUGAGAAAAAUCACUGUUGAUAAUAAUAAUAUUAAGUUAGCUUUAUGGGACACAGCUGGACAAGAAAGGUUUCGUACGCUCACUCCAAAUUAUUACCGCGACGGUCAAGGUGCUGUACUUGUUUAUGAUGUUUCAAACCGAGAUUCAUUUACAUGUUUAGAAACAUGGAUUAAUGAACUUAAUAGAUAUUCUACCAAAACUAAUAUUAUUAAAAUGGUUGUUGGUAAUAAAAUUGAUAGGGAAAGACAAGUCACUCGAGAAGAAGGUAUUGCUUUUGCUCGUCGCCAUCAAACAUUAUUUAUUGAAACUAGUGCUAAAACAAAAGAAGGCGUUUAUAUGGCUUUUGAAGAAUUAGUUAGAAAAAUAAUAAAUACACCGAGCUUAUGGGAAAAGCUUGAAGAUGCCAAUGUGGUUCGGUGUAAUGAUGAUCAUUCAGUAUCGGAGCAAAAAUAUUGUUAUUGUUGACUCUUUAACCAACAAAAUAUUCAUGUAAGGUUAUAUUGUGUUAUUGUACAACUAGUCUAAUACUUUGUAGGUAUAUGAUAUAUUAUUUGUAGCAUAGAAGGAAUAUGCUACAAAUGACAAAGUAAUUAGAACAUAUUUUAUUUUGUUUUUAUUAUUGCACUUUAAAAUAAUUUUAAGGUUGCAUUUUUGGUUGUUAACAUUCAAAAAUGAUUAAACUAAAUACUAUGGAUUACUAAUGAAAUAAACAUAUUGUAAUUGGUUACUUUUA